AUGGUAAUGGAGAUCAAGCGGGAUGAAAUGGUGUCGAAGAUGGAGGAUUAUGAAGUAUUGGAGCAGAUUGGGAGAGGGGCUUUUGGUGCUACUUUUCUAGUUCUUCAUAAAUCUGAGAAAAAGAAGUAUGUGUUGAAGAAGAUUCGUUUAGCAAAACAAACAGCAAAGUUCAAGCGUACUGCUCUUCAAGAGAUGGAUUUGAUAGCAAAGCUGAAGAACCCAUAUAUUGUGGAGUACAAAGAUUCAUGGGUUGAAAAGGUAAUUCAAUUUUCUCCAGAAUUAUCAACCACACAGGAGAUUGGUGAACAUAUUUUGAUUGCUUGUAUGAUUUCAUGUUUUGCAGGAAACCUCCGUGUGCAUUGUGACAAGUUACUGCGAGGGAGGAGACAUGGCUGCCAUGAUAAAAAUUCUAGAGGGAAAAUUCUACCUGAAGAGAAGCUCUGCAAAUGGCUGACUCAGUUGUUGCUGGCUGUGGACUAUCUUCACUUGAAUCGUGUCAUUCACCGGGAUCUUAAAUGUUCCAACAUAUUCCUUACAAAAGAAAAUGACAUAAGGCUAGGUGACUUUGGACUAGCAAAAUUGCUUAAACAAGAUGAACUUGCUUCUUCGAUUGUAGGCACUCCAAAUUAUAUGUGCCCAGAGCUUCUUGCUGAUAUACCCUAUGGCUACAAAUCUGAUAUUUGGUCCUUAGGUUGCUGCAUAUUUGAAAUUGCUGCACAUCAACCUGCAUUUAGAGCUCUUGAUAUGGCUGGACUUAUAAGCAAAAUAAACAGAUCCUUCAUUUCCCCACUGCCAACUGCAUAUUCGUCAUCUUUAAAAAGAUUGAUUAAGAGCAUGUUGAGAAAGAACCCAGAACACAGACCGACAGCUGCGGAGCUUUUGAGGCAUCCCCAUUUGGAACCAUAUGUUGCUCAAUGCCACAAGCUAUCUCCUGUGUUUCUCCCGAUAAGGUCUGAGCCCGGCUGCAAGGAUAAACCAAAAGGAACAGGAUUAGCUAGCAAACUUGACAUUGGAAAGGAAACAAAAGUUGCGAAGGCAACACCAACAAGGGAGAUAUGCUUAAAUUGUCAUGCAAAUGAUCCAAAAUCUGACAAUAAGUUGGAGAGUAUACAAAAAGAACUGCCAGUUAUUAUAGAAGUUGACACACAAGGUGUGCAAACUGAUCACAGAAGAGCAUUAGAAUUGAGGACGAUUUACAAAGAUGAACAAAAUGCAGCACAUUUAGAAAGAAGUUUACCAGCCUGUAAAACACUGCAAGCAAGAAAAGGCGAUAUUCAUGAACUAAUUGGAGCCUCUAGCGACUCACUGAUGAGUACAAUAACGUUUCUGCAGAGCGAGGAGAGGAGGCUAAAGCAGGAUCCUCAGAGCCAGCAAAGAGCAGAAGCCCUGGAAUCACUGCUAGAGAUAUGCGCAAAUCUACUUCGACAAGAAAAGCUGGAGGAUCUUGCUGGUGUAUUAAGGCCAUUUGGGGAAGAAGCUGUGUCAUCAAGGGAGACUGCAAUCUGGCUGACAAAGAGCCUAAUGAAUGCCCACAAAAAUGGUAAUGGUGAACUUAGAAACUCUGAAAGUGAAAUUAAUAAUCCAUACUAAUUAGUCAUGUAGCUCCACAUCACAGAUGAGAUUUAUGCUAGCACGUUAAUUAAAGCCAAAGAGUUGUAAAGCCUUCAGUUAUAUCCCAGUUUUUUUAAUAUAAUGUUUUGCAUUCAGAAACUAAACGCUCGAAUCCACAAAUAAGUUAUUUAUGUUGGUUGAUUAGCGUUUCAUACAAGUUAUUUUAUAUUCAAUUACAAGAAUGAUUGUGCA